AGGUAUAAGUAGCUCUGGGCUCCCCAGUCUCCUGAAUUCAGCUCCUAAUUGCUCACCUUUCAAUAAAGCUGAAAACUCAAAGGAAAAUACAAAAUGAGGUUGUUCCUGAGUGUCCUGCUGGUCAUUCUGGCUCUUUACUGCUAUGAGGCCAAUGCGUUUACCUGCCCAGCCUUAGUAGAGGAUACGUUGAGCUUUCUCUUUCAAAAUGCAGCUAUCUACAAGAAAACACGUGAGAAAUAUAACCUACCCCAAGACGCCAUUCAGGCCAAGUUGGAAGUGAAGGAUUGCACAGAUAAGAUAUUCCUUGGGAAUAGAAUUCUAAUUGCAAACACACUGGGGGAAAUCCUGAAAAAAUGCUUCAUAUGAACCUUAUAUACAGUAUGUCUUGCAAUGAUCACUUAUUCUUCUGGAAAAUGUAAAGGUUUCAACAUCUUGCUUCAAUAAAUCACUUGUUCU